GCAUCGCAGGUCUUUGCCAGGUCGUGCGCUGCCGCCAAAUCAACUCCUUGUUGAAGCAACCAGAAUGUCUGUCGGCGUGCCACCUUCCUUCAAAGACUUGGCCAAGGCCUCCAACGACCUCCUCAACAAGGACUUUCCAACAGCCGGCACAGAGCUCGAAGUAAAGACUCGCGCACCGAAUGGCGUUACCUUCAAGGUCGGAGGUAUCAAGGACGCCAAGUCAAAUGUGAUCACAGGCGAUAUCGAAGGCAAAUAUGUUCAGCCCAAGAACGGCCUCACUUUCACCCAAGCCUGGACGACGAACAACCUGCUCAAGUCCCAGAUCGAGCUCGAGGGCCUCGUGUCCAAGGGCUUGAAGCUGGACGUCCAGACCUCGCUACAACCUGAUGCUGGAAAGAAGACUGCGGCCAUCAUGGCCAUCUACAAGCAGGCUGGUGUCCACGGUCGUGCCAACCUCGACCUCUUCAAGGGCCCCACCUUCACAGCUGAUGUCGUCACUGGACGCGAUGGAUACCUCGUCGGAGGUGAUCUGUCUUACGACGUUCAGGCUGCAAAGGUCCAGAAAUGGUCCGGCGCAAUUGGCUACUCUGCGCCCGAAUACAACGUCACGCUCCAUGCUCUCAACAACCUGUCGGUCUACUCUGCUUCAUACUACCACAAGGUCAACAUCGAUGUCGAAGCCGGUGCAAAGGCAAUCUACGACAACAAGUCGCCCUCGAACAAAGUCUCAAUAGAAGUAGGCGCAAAGACCUUCCUCGACAAUGCUACUUUCGUCAAGGCCAAGAUCAACAAUGCCGGUAUUCUCGCAUUGGGAUACACGCAAGCGCUCCGACCGGGUGUCAUCGCUUCGUGGGGUCUCUUGCUCGAUACGCAGAAGCUUAGCGAAACGGGCGAUGCAAGCAAGUCUGGCACGCACAAACUCGGCGCAAAGUUCUCGUUCAGCAGCUAGUUUCGCGUUGCUUCUCAAUCCAUCCCAAUGCGACUCUCGCUCGCUUUUUGCAGGCCGUGUGAAACUUUGUCAUUCGAUGCAAUGCCAUUGACCGAUCGCUUGCACCUCGCGGAGCCGACCAGUGUUGAAGCAUACUUCAUGUGGGAUCGAGGCAUUACGUCCGAGGUGUUCUGCUCUGCUUCUGGCCCAACUCCCAACGCACUAUCAAGCAGCUUUCUCCCAGAAAAUCUAUAUAGAUCAAGCGAAUCGAGAUGAUGGUCAGAGCCGCCUCAGUAAGUACCAAGACGGUCGCAGGAGUAAGCUUUCUGUUCUUCUCUUCCAACAAGGUGGUUAUGCCCAUGCUUAGCAGCAAGACUUUUAUCUUUGGGUUCCGACCCAUGGCAGCACUCCUGGGCCCUGCCGUCAAGCUUUCAUACGCUUAGUGACA